AUGGAGGACGAGGACGGCUACGUGAUCUUAGAGCGAGGGGACAAGCGGGGCUCGGCGGGGAGGUCCCCACCUCGGGAGGGUGCAGGAUCCUCCCGCUGUCCCCGCCGCCUCCUCGUGGCCCUGACGGCCGCCCUGGCGCUGUCCCUCGUGCUCUGCCUGUCCUGGUGUGUGGCACAGCAGUGGCAGUCCCAGGGGACCGCAGGUUACGAGAGCGCCUCGCCGGGAGCUGCCCGUUCGAGCUGGGAUGGCAUCCUCAGGGAGAUGCGGAGGGUCCUGUGCCCGCCCCGAGAGAGCGAGGGGUGCCGGCUGUGCGCCGUGGGCUGGAGGCUGCUCGGGGCCAAGUGCUACUGGAUUUCCGACGGGAUGAACCCUUGGAACAGGAGCCGGGAGGACUGCAGGGAUCGGGGCUCCGCGCUGCUGGUGCCCUGGGACCAGGAUGAGCUGGUGAAGGGAGUGAUGGAGCUGGGGAUGUGGGAUAUGGCUGCACCCGGGGGGCUGGUGCUGCCGAAGGGGCUGGAGGCACCCAUGGAAGGCGCCAUCACUUCUCCUUUCCCGGGCCAGGAAUUCCUGAAUGAAAGCCUGCGGAAUCCCACACGGCACUUCUGGAUCGGCCUCUCGGUGCCUGCGGCCGGGACGGGCUGGACGUGGGAGAACGGCUCCGAGCUCGACCAGGACCGCUUCCAGCUGGACCUCGAGAAGCGACCUGGAGCCUGUGGAACGCUCAAGGGGAAUGGGAUCAGACCUCAGAGCUGCGACACGAGGCUGCAGUGGAUCUGCCAGAAAGAGUCUGUCCUGAUCUGA